AGAAAGCCUUUUGAUCGCUGCAUGAGCCCCUGGCGCAUGCUUCAAGUUGGCUGGCAUGGCUGAUGCACCACCUUCCCAGGAGCCAGCCGGCGCAAACAGUGCCGUUCCGAGCGAGGUGAAUGGCACUGGGCUGGCAGAUGCACGAGGUGAAUGGCACUGGGCUGGCAGAUGCAGCUCCGAAGCCAAUGCAGGUGGGCGAGGUGAAUGGCACUGGGCUGGCAGAUGCAGCUCCGAAGCCACUGCAGGAGCCAGCCGGCGCAAACAGCGCCGCGCCGAGCGAGGGGAAUGACAAGGAGCUGGCAGAUGCAGCUUCUACACCAGCGCAGGCCAGCUGGAUGUGUCCCAAGUGCGACGAGCCAAACAAGCCUUUGCGGGCCACAUGGUGCCAAGGGAGCCAGGUCGUCGCGCCAACAGUCGUGUUAGUCUCUUUUUGCCUCGCCUUCUUUUAG